AUGGGGUACACUCACAGCGAUGAAGACCAGCUCGAUUUCGUUGAAGACGUUCAGGUUCUACUGCAGGACGAUGACCUGCUGAUGUUCAACGAGAUCGUGGCUGAGGAGCGGUUGACGAGCACCAACGUCGCUCUCCAAGCCUUCCGUCGGCUGACUGCAGUCCAUUGCCCUCCUGGAACUCGGGCUCUGAUCAUGGACGAGCUGGUGCAAGCGAAAAAGACACGCACGAUGACAGUGCGUGAGUAUGCACGCAACUUUCGCAAGUUGCUGCGUAUGAUUCCUUUUGUCGAGGAAAACGACCCGGUCCCAGAGGACUUAACACGCAUGUUUAAAACCGGUAUGCCGAUCGAUUGGCAACUGGAACUGAAUCGCCAUGCCCGUACUUGGGAUCUCGCGAGUAUGGAGGCCAAGUUCGAAGCUAUUGAGUGCAACGAGAGGAAGGUGGUGCGUAGUGGUCGCUCGAUGCAACGACGGCAAGGCGAGCAACAGGGCAAGCCCAAAACGACGUCCGAACGACACCAUCAGGGCUCGCAGCAGCCCGACCGAAGCGGAAAGAAGACCGCUCGGUCGAAGCCAAAGCAGUGCACGUACUCCAACAAGAAGGGGCAUCUGGACACAGAGUGCUUCCGUAACCCGAACUCCCCGUCGUACAAGCCUCGAGGUGACCAUGCCGGUCACCAAAGUCGCAAUGCCUUUGCGGUAAUGCAGGAACAGGUGACGCAGAUGGCUGCAAUGAUGGAUGCAAUCAAGAAACGACAGGAUGAAGAGUUCAGUGCGAUGAGAUUCUAUCGGGCCGAGGAAAUGAGUGUGUUCGCUGUGGAAAGCACGCCGCUGCCAUCGCCGAAUGCUGAGGUGGACACUCAAGCGCCUUUGCAAGCGCGCCGCCCGGUGCCAGCUACUACGGUGCGAUCUGAGCCUGUGAUGAAGACAGAAGUCUUGAUCGGGGCACACCGUUUCCGUGCCUUAAUUGACACAGAUUGCUCUUCAUCAGCGAUAGAGGAGACGGUCGUGAACAAGACCAAAGAGUUGUUGGUGCUGACACGCAGCGAGGCGACCUACUAUCAGGCGGAUAAAACUGUUGGGAGAACUACACACGUGGCAACAACGCAGAUUGCGUUGCCAGUAUUUUUGUCUACGCGUGUAGUGGUGCAUGACUUUCGUGUGGUGACUACUCUACUUUAUCCUGUGAUUCUGGGGAAAGGUUUUUCUUUCGCGGCAAGGAAAAAUUUUACUUUUCGCGUCCAAACAACUGGAAUGGGAUGGACUGACAGUGCCCAUGGCCACCCGACUUGGUGA